CGGAGAGAUAUAACAGUUGCGCCUCCAAGAACAGUUAGAUUUUGUUGCGCUCUUCUUCAUUCUCUUCAAUCCAGCAAUUACGGUUUUGCAGAAAUAGAGAGAGAGAGAGAGAGAGAGAGAGAGAGAGAGAGAGAGCCUUCGAAACCCUAGCUAUGGAGAAAGAGAAAUCGAGCAAGCGCUCCCGAGACGAACGCGACCGACGAGACCGAGACCGCGACAGGGAUCAUCACAAGCAUCGAAGCAGCCGCGACGCUUCCGAUGACCACCACCGCCAACACCGCUCUCGAUCGGACCGCGAUUCGAAGGCAGAGCGCUCCCACGACCACAGAUCUCGCCGUGACAGGUCGCCGGAGCCGCGGGACGACCGGGAAGCGUCGCGCGACCACCGCGAGCGGUCGUACGAGAGGGAAGGGAGUAGAGAGAGGUCCAGGCAUCGCGAAGUGAAGCGGGAGAGGUCGGAGGAGGGAGAGGAUGUGGUGGAGAGGAGGCAUAAGAGGAAAGAGAGGGAGAGGAGUGAGGGUAGAGAUGGCGGUGUGGAUGAGUCUGAAGAUUCUAAGAGAGCUAGGGGUUUGGAUGAGAGGAAAGAGAGGAAGCGAUUUGAUGACCGCCGAGUAAAGGAAGAAGAGGAUGCUGGAGAAUUGGAAAGGAGCACUGAAGGGAAUGUGAUUCACACUGAGGUUAAGGUUAAGAAAGAAGAAUUGGAGGAUGAUGAGGGCUUCACUACCACCCAAAAUGGGGGUGCUCCGGUGGGUAAUGGUGCCAGUCUGGAUUCUACUAUGGAAUCAAGGGUUGUGCCUGAGACCUCUUUCCCCCCUAGUCAUCCCCAUCCUACCAAGGUAUAUUCGAUUUCUACCACAAAUGAAAAUAAGGGAGUUAGUAUUACCAGAUCUCAUGAGGUUCAUGGAAAAUCUAGUACAGAUGGGACAUCUUCAACUGCUGGAAGAAGUGGAAAUCUGCCUCCUGGUGAGUUAGAUAAAAUUAAGAAUCUUCUGGCGAAACGUAAGGAAUUGGCUGACAAGCUGAACAAAACGAAGUUAGACAAAGCAGCCAAAGCUAUUUCAGAUGCUAGCGCAAACUUGGGAUUGAAGGAUGGGAUGCAACCUCCAUCUGCAAGUACAGGAAUGUUGCAUCCCCCUGUGCCAUCAACAAUUAGUGGUACAAGUGGGAUGACUGGUCUGACUGGUGAAAAAUAUGAAGCUGUAAAACUUGCACAGGAGCGGGCUGCCAGGAUGGGCUUUCGCCAUGACCCAGAAUUUGCUCCUGUUAUAAACUUGUUCCCAGGACAGGUGGCAACAGAUGUUGUUCCCCCUCAGAAGCCUACCAAGGCCCCUGUUCUUCGACUUGAUGCCCUUGGAAGGGAAAUAGAUGAACAUGGAAAUGUAGUCAAUGUGACUAAACCAAACAACCUCAGCACUUUAAAGGUCAACAUUAACAAACAGAAGAAAGACGCAUUCCAAAUUCUUAAACCUGAAGUCGAUAUGGAUCCUGAAUCAAAUCCUUUUUUUGACCCGAAGAUGGGCAUUAAUAUGACGAAGAUUAUGAGGCCAAAGAGGAUGAACUUCCAGUUUGUAGAGGAAGGGAAGUGGUCAAAAGAUGCUGAACAUAUGAAGUUGAAGAGUAAAUUUGGGGAAUUACAAGCAAAAGAGCAUAGGGCGAAGCAGGCCCAGUUGGCAAAGGCAAAGGCAGCACCUGAUACAAAUCCAAAUUUGAUAGAGGUAGCAGAAAGAGUCAUCACCAAAGAAAAACCGAAGGAUCCAAUUCCUGAAGUUGAGUGGUGGGAUGUGUCCUUUUUACAAUCUGGUACUUAUGGCGAGCUUGUUGAUGGUAGAAUACCUGAAGACAGAUUAAAGUUGGACAAAAUCACCAUCUAUGUUGAACAUCCUCAGCCCAUUGAGCCCCCUGUGGAGCCAGCUCCUCCACCACCUCAACCAUUAAAGUUGACCAAGAAAGAGCAGAAAAAACUACGCACACAGCGUCGUCUUGCUAGAGAGAAAGAUAAGCAGGAGAUGAUUAGACAGGGUCUGAUUGAACCUCCCAAGUCAAAAGUUAAAAUGAGUAAUUUGAUGAAAGUUCUUGGAUCUGAAGCAACCCAAGAUCCAACCAGACUGGAAAAGGAGAUCCGGAGUGCAGCUGCUGAACGUGAACAAGCUCAUAUAGACAGGAAUAUUGCCCGCAAGCUCACUCCUGCGGAGCGCCGGGAGAAGAAAGAGAGGAAGCUUUUUGAUGAUCCAAAUAAUGUGGAUACCAUAGUCUCAGUUUAUAAAAUCAAUGAUCUAUCUCAUCCAAAGGCCCGCUUUAAGAUUGAUGUUAAUGCCAGAGAGAAUCGGCUGACUGGAUGUGCUGUGAUCUCAGAUGGUAUGAAUGUUGUGGCUGUUGAAGGUGGAAGCAAAUCUAUCAAAAGGUAUGCAAAGGUCAUGCUUCGGCGCAUAAACUGGGCUGAGGCUGUGAAAGAGGAGGAAGAAGAUGAAGAAGAAAAUGAUGAUAAGCCUCCUAACAAGUGUGUCUUGGUGUGGCAAGGAAGUGUUGCCAGGCCUAGUUUCAAUAGAUUUUUGGUUCAUGAAUGCAUGACUGAAGCUGCUGGUCGAAAGUUCUUUGCUGAUGCUGGCGUUGCUCAUUACUGGGAUCUUGCAGUCAACUUUGCAGAUGAUGACUAGUAAUUGGAUGGAGAGGCUGCGCACUCAUGGAAGUACUUUGGUCAAUAAAGUAGUUGUUUGCAACUGUACUGGGAUCAUUUAUGAUAUUUGCAUAAUGCCUAUUUUCACUGAACCAUUCUAUCCAUGUUGUAUCGUGUCAUAUUAAAUUUGCCUAAAUGAGUAAUCUUUGCACUGUUGGAUGCUUUAAUUACUCAUGUAGAGUUUUUUCAUUCAGGGAAUUAUAUUAUGCUUGUUACUCUGGCAUGUC